AUGACCAUAUCACCAUCAUUACUUCUUGCUUUCCGCCCUCACUUUACGGGUACUCAGUCGAUCAAAUUCAUCACCUCAUCUUUUCGUCUUAAUCAUGGCAAUCACUUCAGUCCACGCACUGCUCAAUCAUCACCUAUCAUCAGGGGCUUUACCAAUACCAACAGAACCAUGAUGCUUCCGAAGCCAGAGCGGCAGGAGGACGAAGGAGAAAAGAAGAUGCCUCGGAUUUAUGUGGUGUGUUUUUUUGGGACUACUUUCCUGUUCGCGUUUUCUGCUCUGCAACAGCGGAAGGUGAACAACAUGAAAAUCCAGAGAGCGAAGGAGAAGGAGGCGGUGAAGAAAGCGGCGGAGGAGAACAUGGAGGGCUGGGAGAAUAAACGGUUUUGA